ACUCUCAUUGCAAAAUAAUGGGAAACACAAGAAAAAACCUUUUUCCUUUUUUUCUUGUUUAUUUGGCUUGUUCUCUCAUCAUCUUCAACUUCAAACCUCUCCUAAGAAAAAUACCAUAAAUACCAAUAUCCAUUACUACCACUACUCAUUUGCAUGUUCUUAUAUAUAGAUAUAUUAUAUAUAUGUAUGUUAUUGUGUAAUAAUAAAGUUCAAAACUUUACCUAAAUUACCAUAAACCCAAUAACAAAGAUCUCAUUUUUAGUUUAUUAGUUAUAUCACAAUGAGUAGUAAUAGUACUAUUACUACUACUGAGUUUCAACUGAGUUCAGAGACCGAGUCUAGCUCUAAGUCGUUCUCUUCUACAUCACCGCCACUAUCGCCGUCAUCUCCCGGGUCAACCCACCCGACCCAGAUGGGGAUUGACCCGAAAAAGUCGGUUAAACGGGUCCGUGACUCUAGCAAACACCCAGUUUAUAGAGGGGUCCGAAUGAGAAAUUGGGGCAAAUGGGUAUCCGAAAUCCGUGAGCCGAGAAAGAAAUCUCGCAUUUGGCUCGGAACUUUUCCGACGCCGGAAAUGGCCGCCAGAGCACACGACGUCGCCGCCUUAAGCAUAAAGGGAAACUCAGCCAUUCUCAACUUUCCCGAACUCGCUCACUCUCUUCCACGCCCAGUUUCUCUCUCGGCGCGUGACGUUCAAGCCGCCGCUGCUAAAGCCGCUCAAAUGCAUAAUUUCGACCACCACGCGCCGCCGUCUUCAACCGUCGCCGUAACAGAAUCGUCAGCCGCGGCAUUGGUCUCUUCUUCAUCAACCUCUUCCCUUUCUUCUCUCGUUUCAGGGAUGGAAAUCUCCGGCACCGAGUACCAGUCCGACGAACUCGGAGAAAUUGUUGAGUUGCCUCGACUCGGAACGAGUUAUGACUCGGCCGAGUUGGGGAACGAGUUCGUGUUUGUUGACUCGGAAGAGGGUUGGGUUUAUCCACCGCCGUGGCUUCAGAACGUGGAGAAUUUUGGGUAUUUUCAACGGCCGGAAAAUGAUUACUUCGGCGGUGGAUAUGGUGGCGCCGCCGUGCCGGAAAAUAGUUGUAUGGUUUCAACUUCAAGCAAUGGCUUUGAGGGUUUGUUAUGGGAUUAUUAAUUAAUUAAUUACUUCUUAAUUAAUAGUUUUCACUUCUAAUUUUGGGUUUGAGUGAGUGACUGAAUAUUUAAGCCUUUUACAUUUUUCUUUGAAGGGCUUAAACUUUUUUUUUUUUCUUCUUCUUCUUCUGUAACUUUCUUUUGGGUAAUGUUUAUAACUGUACAGUGUUGUAAUUACUAUGAAAAAAAAAGAGAGAAAUUUUACCCAAUAAAAA